AUGGAGUGUGCUACACUCGCUGGCAAAUCGCGUAAUUGCGACGCUAUUGCGUACCUUGAGCCGGUAGUGCAACUGAGGUGCAUUGAUUGGUGCACCGAAGUCGCCUACAGCAAUGUGCUCGAGCGAUCGCGUAGCCGGAUAAGCGGAUGCUUUGCGUGUGAGGCUGGGACUCAAGCAGCACGAGGGUUGCCGAUCGAGGUGUACCAGGCACUUCACGCAACACUGGGUGAUUGGGUCCAGUCUGUCAUCUUCUGGUGCAAUUCCGUUGCCCACACACCCGUUGUGAGACACGCUGAUCGCCAGAUCGCCCGGUUAUACGAGGCUUUGAAUGCUGCAUUACGCGGCACGGUUCUUGGUAUCGCAUGCACCAAUUUACCGAGCUACAUGGCGAAUGCCAAGACUACAACAGAGUGGCUCCUUCCGAUUAUCUGGUGCAUGUUUGUAUCUCCACUGGCACUACUCAGCAGUCAGCCAUUAUCGAGUGUCUCCAGCCAUGUUCAAGUUGAGCAUCUUGUCGGGAUCUGGCAACGACUUCCGCUCCGUUCUCAAUCUCUGUCAGCAACGGAAGCCUUGGUUGGAGGAUUCGUAAUUAACGCAGCUACUGCGAGGGAUUCGGAUGCUUUUGACUUCCAAACCGGCAUUCAGGAGCUCGCCAAAGCUCUCCAAAGUCAAGUUAGCCUCCUUGAAUCUGCAGACCGCCUGUAUUUUUUGGAUGCUUUCAACGGCAGACCCGUCGUCAAUAUCCCUUCGGACUGGAAGCGCUUUGGCAUUCCGGUGCCUUCAGAUAUGGUCUAUGACAUGACUCAGGAGCGGAUUCGAUUGGACGAUGCGAAGAUCAUGACCUUGGAUAGGAUUGUGCUGACGCUUGAGCUUUGCACGACCACAACUCACUCGCUGCAGGAGAACACGCUAGAUAUUGACAUGGAAAGCGUCUCUCUGGAGGGAGUGCCUGUGGAUAACGCCGCAUUACAGGAGCCUCUCGCCGAUCAGUUUGGGCUUCUGAUGGGGGAAGUGCUUGCAUCAAUUGGCCAGAAUGUUGACAUUGGACUGGUUGACGAAUCUCUCGAGUCCAGCACAGCGGAUUUCAACAGGGAUCCCUACUUGCAGGCGCCGACUCUAGACACGUUGAACUUCGACAGUCUUUCGUUUCCAAUAGACGGCGAGGUCGCGUACCCCACGACAAUGACAGAGCUGAACGGGUACUUUGCGACCAACCCUGACAACGCAUUUCACGAUCCACCAUACGAGGUUCCCUCCGCUUUGGAAGACGCCAUCACUGACUUAGAUCUGUCGGGGUUGUCAUUUGUCGAUGAUAGGAUGCUUGUUGACACCAGUGUUGAUCUGUUCAGCCCUGUUGCUGUUCCCGGGCUGUCGACUCAGGAUCACAACAUGUCUUUGCCGGUUUCGCCUUCUCCAUUCUUCUGUGCACUCUCGUCUCCAAAGGAGACCCCGAGCGUUGGUUGUCUUCAGGUCGUCACUUACGACACCGUUCGGGAGGCUGUACAUCACUUCAAGUCAUGGGUCACAUCAGCAGAGUCUAAUCUCCUUGCGAUUGACCGUACACCUUUGGUUCAAGAGACAUUGGGAGCAGCUUACCUGGAGGAAGAUUGGAAACAGUUGUUCUUGGAAGGCGCAGAUCCUGAUCCAGAUGUUAUCGGUUUGUGCAAUAGAGCCGAUGAUGUUGGUCACAACAUCUGCCGCCGGCUGAACAUACCAAGUUCCCAUUCAACAGUCGACAGCUUUUCCAACGCGCUGGGCAGUCCUGUCAUAGAGUCUACUAGCGCACUUUAUUCCUCCGCUAUGGAGAGUCGUGUAUCUAGGCAUGUAUCGCCGGCGAGCGAUAAUGAUGUCGCGGAUGAGCUUCCCGCUCCUGUACCGCCUAGCACAGGAAGUGAUGGAUGUCAAGCUGCUCGCAGCACCACUAGUGCGCUAUCUAAGACCUCAGCGAAGGACUCUUCAAUCAGGCACCUCCCUAGUCGCCGCCCAUCAGACACAAGUCUCGCUCAAGUGAAAACACCGCAAGCACACUCUGUGGAACUCGAAGACAAUCGGAGCCUUCGUCGUUCGAAGUCUCGCUUCUCUGACACAGGGGGCGGGGCGCAGAGACGCACAACAGCUGCAAGUGCUCUUGACCGCUAUGAGCGACUUUCCAGACUGGAAAUUAGCUCGUUAUCCUCUUCUAAUCCCAAACCUCUGAAUCGGUGCACCUUUGAUUCUGCAAAAGAAUCCAUCACGAUCAUUGCGUACGGUCGAGACGUACCGACAUGCAAUGGUGAGAAGAUGUCUGACCACGAGUGGCUCCGCGUGUCUGGAGAGCUUCCCUUUUGGAAGGUGAAAGUGACUCUUGCUGGUGCAAUGAGAGGCAAUGGGAGGGACUUUUUCGCACAGGCAUCAAAUAGAUUCAGCGCCUUAUCACCCCAGCGGCGUGGCCUGAAUCUUGCCUUCGACUCAGACAAGGAGUAUCGGGGCAAACAAUGGCCUGAAAUUGAAGACUCCUUGGCGAAGGGAACGACCAUUGUGGUCACAAACAUCAAGAUGGACGACGUUGCCUUCAACGAGCAAACUGCACAUAGACUUUGCAAAGGAAAUCUUGUUCAGGUCAUCGACUUCACCGCGGAAGCCUCGUCUUGGAAUAACUUGGACGCUAUCACGGUUGACGUCAAUUAUCUUGCUAACGAUGCCUGCAGGGAUCGUAACAGGGUCUACUCCUCGCUUGAGCUGCCGCAGGAGUCGGACUUUGCAGUGUUUCCGCAUUCAGAUGAGGAUGUAUGCGAGGCCGCGUAUCUGCAUCGCCAAAACGCUUGUCGCCACAAUGCAGGCGACAACGAGCUAUUGAUUGACGCCAAGAUACGUCGUUGCAUGCGCAGUGCACAGAUAUCCCAGGAGCAUUCUUCGCGCUUGCCACAUGUCGAUGCCACUGGUUUCUGCACAAUGACGUGGCUUGUCGAGGGCGAGGAAAUUGUGUGGACCCACAACGUUGACGCUCAUUCUAUCUGUGACCUUCGCUUCGGCGCGUAUGCUGCUGGUGACACUUGUCGCGGGGGGUUAUGGGAGCCAGUGAUUCAGAGAAAGGGGGACCUCAUAACUGCUGGACCGGCUAUGAUCAAAGCAACCUAUACCAGUGCGGACGCAAUCAAGCUUGUCAAGCGAUUCUUAAUCCCGAAACUCUUCCUGACAUCUAUGUCUGUAUUCGUGUCAACGGUCUGCUUUGGACACGACCCGCACCCGUCACACGGUUCAGCUUUUCUAUCAGCUAUCCAGGCGCAUGCAACGUUAUGGCGCUCUUGUUUCAUCAGGAGAAGAAAGGGUCUCGGUGAUUUGGAUGCAGUAGCACUUCGAACCAUGCCCGACCCUGUUCGAGACCCAAAUACUGCAGUUCGCGUAUUUGCUGCACUCGGGUGUGCUCUGAUACACACAGAGACGCUAUCAAUGAGCGACUGCGCUGCUAGUCAAUCCUCGUAUUUGCGCUCUGACAGAAGCUCGUUCGGCCUCAUCUGGUGGUCUUCGACUUUGAAGGGCACAAUCUCAUGCUCAAGACUGAACUCCCCCACGCCGUACUCGAUCAGACUGGCGAGAAGGCUUGGCCUUUCUCGCUCAGAGUACACUGACGACGAUGUCACAUGCGGAGGAAUGGUGGACGUCGCUUUUCAUUUCGCGGCGGCAUUGGUGUCGCUAGCUCAUCGGUGCAACAAGCGUCAUCACGGGCACAGGGGUGCAUCCAAUACCUCUUUCCCAUGCCGUGCAGCAGCAACUGUCUACGAGCGUGUAGUGCGCAGUCUCGCGGCCGCCUUUACGCUGGACGUCAACAUCGUUGCAGAUGUUCUGGGGUGCAUCGAUAGGCUCCAUCCUUCUCGCCUCCCUGCAGACUUCAACUACGACAUCUUUCCUGCCAUAUCCUGGGAACCGCGGGACGCUUCAAUCAGCAGAGCACACUUGUGGUCAGCAGUUUCCACAGAGAAGAUCGACGAGUUCAACUUGGCACCUGGGAGUCGUUACGCGGAGAAGGUUUCUGCAUGUGAUCAUCAGGUGCUUGAACCAUCCGAGGUCAAUGAGCUUGCAGAUGAAGACAACCAGGAGUACGUAGGAGAUGAUCUUGACGAGGACUACAGCGAUGGAGAUCAAGAUUUUCAGCUCGAAUCGAGGCCAUUCGUUCCGGAGGCAAAGAUUGCGGCUCCGACGAGGUCCAAGCGCUGUAGAGAUGGAGAUGACAGCGCUCGAUCGGCAAUAGCUGAGCGCCCGCGCAAGAAGAGAAGAUAG